AAACAACUGCUCAUUUACAUCUACCUUCCCAAAGAAGAAGAAAAAAAAGGAAGAAAAAACCUAUUAUUUAUUAUCACCUGAGUCAUCUAAACUCAUUUUUUAAUUUUUAUUUUAUAUGUUUGACUAUCAAUCUCAGAGUUGUGUUGUUUAGUUUAGAUGGACAAACUAGUGAGAAAGUCCUUCAAAUCACUCUCUGAUCAUCAACCCCUCCAAAACAACCCACCUCCCGAAGAACAGCUUGUCCUCUUACAAGACGAUCCAAUGGCAGAGACCAAUCAAAUAGAACAAGUAAUUGUCAAAAUCAACGGCCAAGAUUGCCCCAGAGAAACCCACUUCCCAUCACAGCCCAUCGACUCAGAGACUAGUAGUACUGGUAAUCGAAUUUGGAGAGACUGUAGCUACGAUUUCUCAAACGAUUCGACAAACAUUAAGGUUUCUAACGACUUGGAUUUUGUGGAUGAAUCUUCGCAAAUUGGGUUGUCGAGAAUCAAAGAGAGUGAAGGUGUGUCCGAACCGGUUCAGCGCCGGUCCAACGGUGGCGGCGGUGGCAUUGAUGAGGUUUUGGUUUGCAGUUCGAAUUCGUCGUUUCGAAGAAAAUCGAGUUUGUUGAUGUCGAAAACGAAGUCUAGGUUGUUAGACCCACCUGAGACUCCGAGGUUGAUUAAAUCUGGAAUGUUGGGGAGAGGUAGUGAAAUCGAUGAGGACGACCCAUUUUUGGAUGAAGAUUUGCCUGAAGAGUACAAGAAAUUUAAAUUCAAUGUGGUGUCUCUGAUUCAAUUAGUGAGUUUGGUUUUGAUCAUAGCUUCUUUAGUUUGUAGUCUCUCAAUUCCAAGACUCAGGACUAAAAGAUUGUUUGAAUUACAACUCUGGAAAUGGGAACUCAUGGUUUUGGUUCUCAUCUCGGGUCGGUUGGUAUCUGGUUGGGCGAUUCGGAUCGUUGUCUUCUUCAUCGAGCGCAAUUUCAUGUUGCGAAAACGGGUUUUGUAUUUCGUGUAUGGAAUUCGAAAUGCUGUUCAGAAUUGCAUUUGGUUGUGUCUGGUUUUGAUUGCUUGGCAAUGCAUUUUUGACAAGAAAGUUGAGACUAUGACUAACGGGAAAAUCUUGCCUUACAUAACUAGAAUUUGGGUUUGUCUCUUAGUUGGUACAUUCAUUUGGCUUCUCAAAACCCUUCUUGUUAAAGUUCUCGCUUCGUCGUUCCACGUCAGCACGUUCUUUGAUCGAAUUCAGGAAUCUUUGUUCAACCAGUAUGUGAUUGAGACAUUGUCCGGACCUCCAUUGAUUGAGAUUCGAAACGAAAAGGAAGAGGAGGAGAGAGUCAUGGCCGAGGUCCAGAAACUUCAGAACGCGGGGGCUACAAUGCCCGCUGACUUGAGAGCCAACGUGUUCCCGAGGAGUGGGAGAUACCAGAAGAGCCCCAAGGCAGCGAAAAGUCCUAGGUUUUCCACCGCGGUUUCGCAGAAGCUUGAUGAAGGCAUCACCAUUGAUCAUUUGCAUAGGCUCAAUCAGAAGAAUAUUUCGGCUUGGAAUAUGAAGAGGUUGAUGAAUAUUGUUCGGAAAGGGUUCUUGUCGACUUUGGAUGAGCAAAUCCAAGAUUCGACUGCGGAGGAGGACGAGUCCGCAGUGCCGAUCACAAGCGAAUACCAAGCAAAAGCUGCAGCCAAGAUGAUAUUCUACAAUGUGGCCAAGCCGGGGUCUAAAUACAUCUAUCUGGAGGAUCUGAUGCGGUUCUUGAGAGAUGAUGAGGCUUUGAAGACGAUGAGCUUCUUUGAAGGAGCAAGUGAAGGCAAGAGAAUCAGCAAGCGAGGUCUGAAGAAUUGGGUGGUUAAUGCAUUCAGAGAACGACGAGCGCUUUCAUUGUCCCUCGACGAUACAAAAACAGCUGUGAACAAGCUCCACCAGAUGUUGAACGUUGCUGUCGGAAUCAUCCUAUUGGUUAUCUGGCUUCUUAUACUCAAAAUCACAGAUACCAAUUUUUUUGUCUUUCUAGGCUCCCAACUUCUUUUGGUUGUGUUUAUGUUUGGAAACACAUGCAAGACGACAUUUGAGGCAAUUAUCUUCUUAUUUGUAAUGCACCCAUUUGAUGUUGGUGAUCGUUGUGAAGUGGACGGUGUUCAGAUGGUGGUUGAAGAGAUGAAUAUACUAACUACCAUUUUUCUCAAGUUCGAUAACCAAAAGGUUAUAUAUCCAAACAGUGUUCUUGCUACCAAGCCCAUAAGCAAUUACUACCGUAGUCCAGACAUGGGAGAUGCAGUCGAUUUUUGUAUCCACAUCGCAACUCCCAUGGAAAAGAUUACUAUGAUGAAAGAGAGAAUAACACGGUACAUUACAAACAAGAGCGAGCAUUGGUACCCGGGUCCAUUCAUAAUAUUGAGGGAUGUGGAGGACAUGAACAGGUUGAGAAUCUCAGUGUGGCUUUCGCACCGAAUGAAUUAUCAAGACAUAGUUGAGCGGUGGAUGAGGAGAGCUCUUUUAGUUGAGGAGAUGAUCAAAGCAUUCAGGGAGCUCGAUAUUGAAUACCGCAUGUUGCCACUUGACGUGAACGUCAGCAACAUGCCGGUCAUAAAUUCUAACAGGUUUCCCUCUACUUGGAACACUUUUUCCAACUAAUCAGAAUUGAGGGAACUGGGAAGAGCUACUUUGAAUCCCUUUUGAACGCUUCGAAAUGUAUGGAUUUCCCAAAGAUUUUGGGGAUUUUGAAGUAGUGAUGUGUGAACACUAGUUAGUGUAUAUAUACACAAAUAUGUCAAGUGCAUUGAUAAGUUGGAGUUACACUAGGUAUUAGGUAAUGAUAUGUGAAGUUUUAUUUCGUUGCAAAUGCAGCGCCAAGUUAUAAGGAAUAGUAAGGAAUGGUGGCAGUUGACACCGUCAG